GUGUGUCGCCAUUAGACCUGUUUGUGUUUUGCUCUCGUGUUUCCUUUCCUGUUCUUCUUGGCUUACUUUCUCUUGCUCCUCUGUGUUGACGUUGGGAUUAGAUUGUGCGGGUAGAAUGGGACAAGAAACAAUCUAUUUCGGGCGGUUUGUUUCGGCGCCUACGCCUGACGAGCUACUCAUUCGAACUGGCGCUGUUCUCGUGGAUAGCAAGAAUGGUAAAGGCGUGAUCACGAAGGCAGAUUGGACGAUCGAUGGUCCCAAUGGUGCUGUUAGCAAGUUCGGAGUUGAGGCGCCUGUGGUGAUGCCUAAGGACAAUGGCUUCUUCUUUCCUGGGUUCAUAGACACACACAUUCAUGCUUCGCAAUACCCUAACGUUGGUAUAUUCGGCAAGUCGACACUGCUGGACUGGCUCACGACCUAUACGUUCCCUCUAGAAUCUUCAUUCGGGAAUGUCAAUUCUCCCAUGUACAAAGACUCAAUUGAGCCUCCCGAUCCACUUGCUCGGGCGAAGAAGGUAUACAACAGACUCAUCAACCGGACUCUGGCGCAUGGUACGACAACCGCUUCGUAUUAUGCAACUAUCCACGUGGAAGCGACAAAUUUGCUGGCUGAGAUAGCCUUUAAGAAGGGACAGCGAGCAUACAUUGGACGGGUCUGCAUGGAUCGGCCGGAGACAUGCCCGGAUUAUUACCGUGACGAAAGCACGGAACAGACGAUGGCGAAUACCAAAGCCAGCAUCGACUACUGCAGAAGUCUAGAUCCUUCGGGGGAACUUUUGGCACACAUCAUCACCCCCCGAUUCGCGCCUAGCUGUUUACCGGAGACGUUGACUCAGCUCGGCGCAUUGGCGAAGGAAGAGGACCUCAGAGUGCAGACGCAUAUCUCGGAGAACCUUAAUGAAGUCAAGCUGGUCAAGGAGCUGUUCCCUGAGCAAAAGAGCUAUGCUGAUGUGUACGACCACCAUGGACUGCUAACACCAAAGACGAUAUUGGCUCACGCUGUUCAUCUGAGCAAGGAAGAGAUGCGCCUGGUGAAAGAGAGGAAAGUGAAAGUCAGUCACUGUCCCGCGAGCAAUAGUGCAUUGGGAAGUGGGUUCUGUCCGGUGCGGGAAUUGCUGGAUGAAGGUAUCGAGGUUGGUCUGGGCACUGAUGUUAGUGGUGGGUACAGUACGAGCAUACUUGAUGCCGUGAGAAACGCGUGUAUGGUGAGCCGGCAUGUUGGGUUCCUCAACGAAGGAGACAGCCGGUAUAACCUUGGUGUGGCAGAAGCAUUGUGGUUAGGGACGAUGGGUGGAGCGAAAGUUGUGGGCAUGGAAGGACGUCUCGGCGGGUUCGCAGAGGGCAUGCUGUGGGAUGUACAGGAGAUCAACUUGGGUGAUGUUGACGUACGAGGUCAAGGCGGGGAUACUGAUGUCGACAUCUUCGGAUGGGAGAACUGGGAGGAGAGGGUCGCUAAAUGGGUGUGGAAUGGGGAUGAGAGGAACGUCAGGAGAGUAUGGAUUGGCGGAAAAUUGGUCCAUGAGAGACGGUGACCGCUUUCACUGGUCUCCAUCCUGGGUCUACCCGUAACUUGGAGGACCUGAGGACAUUCAGCAUUGCUUAUAGGCGGC